UACUGGCCACUACAUGUACUAUACCUGCUUGCUUGCUUGCUUGCCUUUUGAAGCUCCCACUGUCCUCGGCUUCCCACAACAUCACAACAUCCAACCACUACUACAGACAGUCUUCCUCCGCCUUCCUCACCGCCCUUCUACCAUCGCCCCGCCCCGCGAGCACCUCCGGGUAGCUACUGUGGACGUUCUCCGCCAGUCGAGGGACAUCCCCCGGCACCUCUUGCUCUCGGGUCGUCUGUCCAGCUACUACCACUACUGCCCCUGCCGUCUCGCUCACCGCGCUCUGAGAGUCCUACCUAUGCCUUCGGCCCUGUGAGGCCACCUUCAGAACCGCCGAGCAUAGCACGUUCGCGCAACGUGCGAGUCUUCGCGCUGGAGAACGAGGGGCAGCAGCAGCACCACCACCACUCGGCGCAGUCCCACCUCCAUACCGCCCGUCCAGGCGACCUUUCCGCCUCGCUCGAGGCACCACCACCACCACCACCACCAACCCUCCCCACUGCUCCCUCCCCAGUCCAGGAUACUUUGUCUGCCACCACCGCCCCGGCCACUGAAGUUCCAGCGGCCCACGUCAUCACUUCGCCGCACGACCCUGAUCGAUCCCGCAAGCGGAGACGUCGCUCUUCGCUGCCUGAUACGGCCAGUCGGUCUGGUUCGCCCGCGGAAAGGGCCACUGCUUCUGGCAGGCACCCCACGAAGCGAGCUCGACGACCCACUGAUCACAGUAGCAUCGACGAGAACAGGACUAUGCGGCUGGAUUCCGCUGAACGAACACAGCAACGGCCAUCGACCAACGCCUCUUCCCACAACGCUUCUUCCCCGCACACCAACGGCUCUUCCAAGAGCGAGACAAACGGCCACCACACCAAUGGGCAUGAUGGGUAUGGACAUGGGGAGGGCGCAGUGGCGGCAGUACCGCAGAACACGGAGCCGUUCUUCGGCCAUGACAGAGAAGAAGUGACGCGCAUCCUCUUGCAGACGCUGAGUGAUCUCGGCUACAGGGAUGCCGCAAAGCAGCUUUCGAAGGAGAGCGGGCAUGAGCUGGAGAUCCCGAGCGUUGCUGCAUUCAGGAGCGCAGUCUUGAGUGGGGAGUGGGAGGAGGCCGAGUCAUUAUUGCUCGGAGUCGACGUUGCGGACGCCGAGGGAGGAGUGCCGUUGUGCAACGGGCAUAGCACAUCGUGGCGGAAAUCAGAGGGUUUGUCCUUUGCCAGUCAGAAUGGCUCAUCAAGAAGAGGGCUUCCACUUGCGGAAGGUGCCAACGUCACAUGGCUCAAAUUCCUCCUGCGGCAACAAAAGUAUCUCGAAUUGCUGGAAGCACGAGAUCUGAGCGCAGCACUAAGCGUCCUGAGGAGUGAGCUGACGCCACUCAAGACAGACAUCGGGAGACGGCACUUCCUUGCGAGCCUGGUAACGUGCCCUUUGGAAGAAUUUCAUCAGAAGGCGGAUUGGGAUGGCGUUCAAGGAGAAAGUCGAAGCAAUCUGCUUUCCGAAAUAUCAAAAUCGAUUUCACCAUCCGUGAUGAUUCCGGAGCAUCGACUUGCCACACUUCUCUCGUCUGUCCAAGAAGAUCAGAUUCAUGCCUGCAGAUAUCACAAUACUGCUGCGCAGCCCAGUCUAUAUACAGACCACGAGUGCUCCGAAGAAGACUUUCCACUCCAGACCCAGUUCGAGUUACGAUCGCAUGCAGAUGAAGUAUGGUUCGUGGAGUUUAGUCACGAUGGAAGCAUGCUGGCUACGGCUGGCAAAGAUGGAUUGGUGGUCGUGUAUGACACUGUGCGAUGGCGCCCUAUCCACGAAUUCAGAGAGCAUGAGCGCAGUCCACAUGCGAGUGCAUCUAACAGCGCCGGUGGUGCAAGCGACAAUAGAGGCAUUUGCUACGUAGCAUUCUCUCCCGACGACAAGUACCUCAUAUCGUGCAGCAAGAACAACGAAUUCGUGGUGGUAAAUGUACGAGAUGGUCAACGGGUCUGCCACGCCGACCACUUUGACUAUCCCGUCACGACGGCCGCUUGGCUGCCAGACUCGCAAUCCUUUGUCGUCGGGACCCAAGGAUCUAGGCGGCCUCUGGGGAUGUACUCACUUCGGUCAGCUGGGUCGAGCAGCAGCGGCUCAGUAUUACGGAAUCCUGAAAUACAUUCCUGGCGCGAUCCCCCUUGGGACCCGUCGAUGAAGAGUGAUCAGCCGACGAGCUUCAGAAUCACAGACUGUGCUGUUGACUCGACGGGGACCCGCAUGGUUGCCACGACCAUAGACAAUCGCAUCAUGCUCUACUCUUUGAGCCAAGCCGAUCGAUAUCGCAAGCUUGCAGAGUGGCAGAUGGAAGACCGACUCACUUCGAUCAACUUUUCUACCGACGGCGACCUCUUGCUCGUCAAUAUGAACGAGGGUAGAGUGCUUGCCAUUGACUCUGAGACGGGCGAGGUGGUGCAACGCUACGAAGGUGCCGUUCAACGAGAAUUCGUCAUCCGUAGUGCUUUUGGAGGUGCCGGGGAGAAUUUCGUCAUUAGUGGCAGCGAGGACUCUCGGGUGUAUAUCUGGCGACGUCAGACAGGCACGCUCGUUGCGUCGCUCGAAGCACAUCACCCUGGAACAGUGAAUGCUGUGGCAUGGCACCCUACCAAUCACGGCAUCUUUGCCAGCGCUGGCGAUGAUCGACGAGUGCGAAUAUGGUCAUCUGCAAGUGCACGACGACGAAGCGAGUCUCUGGACGCACCAUGUGGAGCAGUUCGGGCAUUGAGUGGAGGACUUGGACAGUAUUACUAGACAAGCGAGCCCCGCUCAAUAUGGAGCAUGUGAUAUCACUGAUAUGGUGGUAAAUGCGCAUGUAGCGUUGGCGUUUGGGUGGAGGAGGGGUGUGUAGAUGUAGUAGCAUUGGAUCUGAAUAAACAAAACACCCGUUGACAUUGGGUGUCGAGAGCAUACAUGUCAUUCAUGUUCAAUGAAUGCGUACAUGUAGGUACCUACCUUGCGUAGAAGAG